CUUCCAACCCCGCGUCCCCAAAUUGGCCCAUCCCCGCCCCCUGUCCACGUUGGACUGAGGGACAGGAGGCCCAUGUCUGCCGGUGGGUGGGGGGAGAAGGGGGGUUGGCGCUUUGUUUAGGAAGAGAGGGGGCACUGGGUCCAGGAAAUCCUCCCUGCUUUAUUGAGGCGCUGAAAGGAAAUCGCUGAUCGCACCACACUUCCAUGACAACCAGUUGAGAUCUUUGUUAUUUUGUUCCCACUCACCAUCAGUGUCUAAAAUUGCAUACAGUGCUAUUCUCUAAAAAGUACAUUAAAUAAUAAUAGUAAUAAUAAUAAUAAUAAUAAUAAUACACUCAGUUACAAUUAUACUCGAUCAUCUUAAAUUUAAAGAAUAGUGCCUUCAUAAAUGCUUUGUCAUGUCCAAGUAGAAGCUAGGACUAACUUUUAGAACUUUUAGGAAAUCUUUUACAAAAUUUCCUUUGUCUACCUUUGAAACCUGCCAACUUUGGUUGAAUAAACUUGCCAAAGGUAGUUGCUAUCUCUGAAAUGUCUCAUUUUGUCAUGAAAUGUCUGUGUUGAAGAGGAAGUGGGACUGUCAGGUUGGAAAAUGGAGGGAUUGUUGCUGAAUGUAUUGUGUAAGUUGCUCAACAACAUUGAUGGGAAACUAAAGUAAAACAAAAAAAGCUGAUCACAAAAUAUUUCUGAUUAAUAAAAGGCAUGAUCCCCAGGAAAUGAGUGGAAGAGCACAGGAAGUUCAUUCACAUAUUGUCUUUACCUCAUAGGUAUUUUGCUUAGCAUGCUUAAUACUAUUUAUUUUCUAGUUCAUUGUUUAAGGAGCAUAGAUAUCUUGGCUACAUGAAUAGCACUAGAACCUUACUGUGGCAUUUGGUCAGCCAGAGAGGCGGUUUGGUCUCAGCUGCGCCGGCUGGUGGAAAGAGCACACACACCUGGGUUGCAUUAGCUAAUCAGCCUUGGUGCUUAAAGGUGUGCUGCCCUCCACAGUUCGGGGGCCGGGAGGAACAAGUCAGGUGAAAAUCUGGCCAGCGAGGAACUGAAAAGUUGACGCUCUGUUUUGCUUUCUUUUGUCUUUGUUAUUUUAGUUUGUUGUUUUAGUUAAUUGGUUUUGCCUGGAACCCGUGUAUGGAGUCAAUAUAGUGCCAAAAGUAUUGUCCGCGUAGGGAAAAAAAUUGCACGCGUAGGAAAACAAAAUCGCACGCGUAAAAAAAAAAUAGCAUGCGUAAAAAAAAAAUUGUAGGCGUAGAUGUGGAAAUGUUUCUCGUGAUCAAAAAAUAUUAAAUCAAACACAUUUUUCUGAAUUGUAAACGAAAAAGUUAUGUUCACAAAUGUAGAAAAUAAAAUUGCAAUUGUUUUUUCUCACUCAUGUUUACGAUGUAAUUUUUUACGAGUACAAUUUAAUUUUUUACGAUUACGUUUCUGUUUUUCUCGCACUUGGCAUGAUUUUCCUACGUGUGUUUUUUUUCCCUACGUGGACAAUACUUUUGGCACUAAAUUGGGGGGGGGGGUGAAGGUGAAGAUGGUGUUUAUUUUAUUUUGUAUUUGUGUGGGUGCGCUCUCUCUCUCCACAUUUGGCAACCAACGGUGUUCCCCGGCACUGCCGCAUCUCCAUUGCCAGGGGUGUCAUGCUGGAGUGUGACACUUACAUCGCAAGCUUACAAGCUAUCAGCGGCGUGACUCUGUUUGUGGCUCUGUACGAUUAUGAAGCUCGGACAGAGGAUGACCUCAGCUUCAGGAAAGGGGAGAAGUUUCAGAUUCUCAACAGCACUGAAGGGGAUUGGUGGGAGGCUCGCUCUCUCACUACAGGUGGUACUGGCUACAUUCCCAGUAACUACGUGGCUCCAGUCGACUCCAUACAGUCUCUCUCUGCAUUCGGCAACCAACAGUGUUCCCUGGCACUGCCGCAUCUAUAUGCCAGGAAUGGCAUGCUGGAUUGUGACACUUACAUUGCAAGCUUACAAGCUAUCUGCGGCGUGACUCUGUUUGUGGCUCUGUACGAUUAUGAAGCUCGGACAGAGGAUGACCUCAGCUUCAGGAAAGGGGAGAAGUUUCAGAUUCUCAACAGCGCUGAAGGGGAUUGGUGGGAGGCUCGCUCUCUCACUACAGGUGGUACUGGCUACAUUCCCUGUAACUACGUGGCUCCAGUCGACUCCAUACUGUCUCUCUCUGCAUUCGGCAACCAACAGUGUUCCCCGGCACUGCCGCAUCUAUAUGCCAGGAAUUUCAUGCUGAAUUGUGACACUUACAUCGCAAGCUUACAAGCUAUCUGCGGCGUGACUCUGUUUGUGGCUCUGUACGAUUAUGAAGCUCGGACAGAGGAUGACCUCAGCUUCAGGAAAGGGGAGAAGUUUCAGAUUCUCAACAGCGCUGAAGGGGAUUGGUGGGAGGCUUGCUCUCUCACUACAGGUGGUACUGGCUACAUUCCCAGUAACUACGUGGCUCCAGUCGACUCCAUACAGUCUCUCUCUGCAUUCGGCAACCAACAGUGUUCCCCGGCACUGCCGCAUCUAUAUGCCAGGAAUGUCAUGCUGGAUUGUGACACUUACAUUGCAAGCUUACAAGCUAUCUGCGGCAUGACUCUGUUUGUGGCUCUGUACGAUUAUGAAGCUCGGACAGAGGAUGACCUCAGCUUCAGGAAAGGGGAGAAGUUUCAGAUUCUCAACAGCGCUGAAGGGGAUUGGUGGGAGGCUCGCUCUCUCACUACAGGUGGUACUGGCUACAUUCCCAGUAACUAUGUGGCUUCAGUCGACUCCAUACAGGCUGAGGACUGGUACUUUGGUAAACUCGGCCGAACGGACGCGGAGAGACAGCUGCUCUCCAGUGGAAACCCGCGGGGUACCUUCCUUAUCCGGGAAAGUGAAACCACCAAAGGGGCCUUCUCAUUGUCCAUACGAGAUUGGGAUGACAUUAAAGGAGACCACGUGAAGCAUUACAUAAUCCACAAGCUGGACAGUGGAGGGUAUUACAUCGCCACCAGAGUCCAGUUUGAGACACUGCAACAGCUCGUCCAGCAUUACUCAGAGAGGGCCGCGGGGCUGUGCUGUCGCCUGGUGGCCCCCUGCCACAAGGGCAUGCCUCGCCUGGCCGACCUGUCAGUCAAAACCAAAGACAUGUGGGAGAUCCCGCGGGAGUCGCUGCAGUUCAUCGAGUACCUGGGGAGCGGCCAGUCUGGGGAGGUCUGGAUGGGGACGUGGAACGGGAUCACCACGGUGGCGGUGAAGAUGCUGAAGCCGGGCACCAUGUCGCCUGAAUCCUUCUUAGAGGAGGCCCAGAUCAUGAAGAAGCUCCGGCACGACAAGCUGGUGCAGCUGUACGCCGUGGUGCCCAAGGAGCCAAUCAACAUCGUCACUGAGUACAUGAGCAAAGGAAGUUUGCUGGAUUUUCUAAAGAAUGGUGAAGGACGGACACUGAAGCUACCCAACCUGGUUGACAUCGCGGCACAGGUGGCCGCAGGCAUGGCGUACAUCGAGAGGAUGAACUACAUCCACAGGGACCUCCGAUCUGCCAACAUCCUGGUGGGCGACAGCCUUGUGUGCAAGAUUGCUGACUUCGGCCUGGCCAGGCUGAUCGAGGACAAUGAGUACACAGCCCGACAAGGGCUGCUUUUAGGCGAAAAGAUCCCCAUCAAGUGGACCGCGCCUGAAGCUGCACUGUACGGAAAGUUCACCAUCAAAUCGGAUGUGUGGUCGUUCGGGAUCCUGCUGACAGAGCUGGUGACCAAGGGGAGGGAACCAUAUCCAGGGAUGAAUAAACAGGAGGUGCUGGAGCAGGUGGAGCGGGGAUACAGGAUGCCCUGCCCUCAAGACUGUCCCAGCUCUCUGCACGAGCUCAUGCUAAAGUGCUGGAAGAAGGAACCUGAGGAACGGCCCACCUUUGAGUAUCUGCAGGCCUUCCUGGAGGACUACCUCACCACAGAGCCACAGUACCAGCCUGGGGACAACCUCUAAAUGAAAUGCAUUUAGUCAGAAGGCAUUUUGGUGUUACUGGUCUUUGUGGGUUGGGGUGGGGAAAGGGUGUAUUCAAAUUAAAUGAAUAAUGAUAUGAUAUUGUUAAGCCUGUAUUUAUUGUAAUUAUGAAUUGCUUGUUUACUUCUCCCCUUUUUUAUUUGUUUCCUUAUGAUGUUUUUCCUAUUCAUGUAAUGUGAGGAUUUUUUUUCCCCCCUGAGGACAAUAACGGUAACAAUGAUAAUGAUAGCAGUGGUAAUCCCCAAAAUAAAUGAAUUAAACCGGAUCAACCCCUCAAGGUUUAUAAUGUU